AUGGCGCCGCCGGGGUCGCGGCGGUGGGCUAACGCGAGGAUGGAGGAGAGGCUGCGGAGGUACGAGGCGCAUAUGCUCGCCAAGGCCAAGGAGGCGCAGCAGCUGCAGGACGAGGCGCAGCGGGAGGAUAAAGCCCAGCUCCUGCCCGACUCGUGA